UUAAAUUGUGUUGCCAAAUAAAGAAGUGCGAAAUUGUUUUCAAGUUUCUCUGUUUUUCAUGUAGAAUGUUGACUUGACAAUUUGUCUACCGUGACUUAGCGUUAUUCCUGACUAACUGGCUGUAUCGCGAUACUGUUUCCUUUCCAUCAUCUCACCAGGAAGUCUCUGCUCGGCUUGUAAUGCACAGCCAACUUCAAGCUCCUCCGCAAUGACAGGAUUCUUGUAAGCUCCUAACGCGAUCAAAAUCUGAGCUACAUCUAUUCAACUCAUGUCCAGCAUCUGAAUGUUUCUAAAGACCGACAAUCUCCUUACCAAUUGUAUACCAUAAUGGCUGAGUCUAAUUCUACCCUCGAAAAGUUCUUCAAGAGCUACCGAGACUAUGUCAGUCAGAAUCCGCAGCUGACAUCGGAUAUUGAAACGUCAGUGAAGUGGAUCUCGUACAUUCUUGCAGCUCGUAUUGAUGAUUCAAGCGUUUGGUCAGAACUGGUGUAUUCACUAUCAAAUCUACUUGUUCUUUUCAAUGAUCGGAUCAUAGCAAAAUCUCGUAACCUAGCUAGUCCUACCAUCACUAGUGCGGAAACUUUAAAGACAUGGUUAACAGUGUUGGAGUACUCGGAAGUUUUCAUUGAACUGUCUUGUUACAAAGUGUUUGGCAAAAGGGGCAAGUGGGCCAUCAUCUUAAGCACACAGAUAUUAAAAUGUUUGGCCAGACUGAGGCUCCUAUUAGCCCACAAAGAAAACAUCGUAGAAAGUCCACUGAUUCGUCCUCUGAACAGGAACAAUCUAGGAACAGAGCAAACUAACAGAAGAGUAGAAAAGAAAGACGCAGGUUUCAGACUGAAAUCUGGAAAAGUAAUUAGGAGUUUAAGCUCAGCGGCAGAUCCAAGAAAUGCACAUUUUUCAGGACCUAGACCUGUUGUCAAUGGAGGAAUACCGCAGAGCUCAAAUGCGGUAUUGUAUGAAGACAAAGCUUUGUUAGGGGAGAUUCUGUACAUACUCAAACCAAUAGUCCACCUCAGUACUCUUAUUGCGGUUGGCAAUAAAAAAUCUUGGAAGCCGUAUAUAACUUCUUUCGUUUUUGAUGCUUUAAGUAUCUACUUAAUCAGAUCAUCAACCGACCCACGUCAACUAACAGUCAACCAAAAAGUGGAGCUCUCACAACGAACGAUAUCACUGCUCAUGUAUCUGCUGCGCUCUCCAUUCUACGACAAGUAUACGAAAGCAAGACUCAACCGACUCCUACUAAGCCUCGCCAACUCGAUCCCUCUCUUCAGCACCCUCCUCAAGCCUCUCGCUGAGUACAUUCCCAAAUGGCAGGAAACCUACUUCUACAUGUGGUCAAAUUAGUCUGUUCCAUUCAGGUAUUGGGUUCAAUUUUGGAGCUAACUAGUUAGCUUUCUUCCCUCCAGUGAUGCUUCCUCUGGAAUGUUCCUUUAUUAGAUUUGCUAUACAAUAUCCGAAAUGAGGUUCUUCAGGACACCUCAGAAAGAAACCUUUUCCAGCCAAAAAUCUGUAUCUUUGAACUCUGCUCGUUCUUUUUUACCUCAUCGUGAGUUGCAAAAUAUAUUGUUUUGCUAACCUAUCUCGCAAUCGUAGGCAGUUUACCCACUCUGGUUUUGCUCUUUUUCACUAAAUUUUGAAUACCCCUAGAACUCAUUAUUCACAAGGAUUGAACAUUUUGAGUGCCAUGCUGUGCAAUGUAACAUUUUGGUCUCUCUGAAACAGCCGGAAAGUAGUUUGAUCUCGAAUUAUUUGUCCUGUGAAACAUUUAUAAAUUUUAGUUGGGGUGGAAAAUUGAAAAUGAGCAUUUGAAAUGACUUUAGAGUGACGGUUGGUUUCUCUAUUCUCUGUCUAAUAGGACAAUCACUUUUGGUUCUGGAUCUGCACUUAAUGACUCAAAAGGUUUACCUUGAUAACGCCAACAUUGAUGGUGCAAGUCCAUUGUAGAUGGAUUAAGGUUAAACUGUUUUAGUUGAGCUAAAACCGACAGACUGAUUUUGUUAAAAAAAAUCGGUCUUAUUAGUGGGUUUUUUCAGCAUGAUAUCUUUGUUGUUCAAGUGUAAAUGAGAAUUAGCCACUCAAAGCUAUUUACAGUCAUUUUAUUAGAAAUAUGGUUAUGGUAAAGCUGUUCAUGUGUUAUCCAAUAAUCUCUGUAACUCGGCAAUUUUUUAAUGUCCAUUAGAAGAUUGUAAGUUGGGCCAACUUACUGUCUUACGAUAGAUAAGAUAAUUAGGCCAUAUUAUACUGAAAUAAUCAUGUGGAGUUUUGCAUUGGCUUCUCAUCGAAAAUGACUCACAGACUCUUUCUGAACUGUUGGAGGCUGUGGAUUAUUCCACCAGAUGGUACCCAAGCGUUCAUUUGGUAGGACAUAAUCUCCUGACAAGUAUUCGUCUUCAAUGUAUAGGGAUAAAUACCGAGACUCGUACAUAAAAUACUUGUAAAAUACUCGUACUACUGAGUUUCAAAAUUUCAUUUUCUAGAUCAUGAUCUUCUUUUCGAAUCACAAUAUCCUCUUCCAGAACUACCUUUCGUGAGGGUUAUAUUCCAAGAAAACCUUACGACUUGCGGAACCUUGUUCUUAUGAGAUAACAGGGGUUAAGGAAAAAUCUUUGUUAAUCUUAUCUAUUUCUUUACUGUAAAAAACCCCUUAAGUAUCGUCUAUCUCAUUCUAUUGCAGAGAUCCCUCUGUAGUUUGACGGAGGUUAGGAGUGUAUUGUACUCUCAAAAAAUUUAAAAUUCGAAUAUUAUCUCAUGAUGGCGUAAGCUUUCUAGCAAGUUUCUGGGGUACUAACCUCUUUUUCUUUUUCCAAACAUUCCUCUUUUUUUAAUUUUGUAAUGAUUCAUUAAUUUUUAAAGUAAUUUUAACGGUGGGGUACAAGAAGUAAAUGACCACCGUGCAGGUAAGGGUUUAGGUAAAUCACCCACAUCUUUUCUCAAAACGUGUUUUACAUGUUAAUUGGUUUUGAACCUGCAUUGGUGUUGUUAGGGAAUGGUUAAGGGAAAUAAAAACUCGCCAAAAGAUAAAUAGAAGACGAGAUAAUUAUUAUUACUCCAAAAAAUAUAAUCAAUUGAAAUUGGAAUUUGGAGUGGAACUAAUAAGCAAUAUGCAGAUUGAAUAUGGUAGUUUUUUUUUCAAAACAUCGUAAGGCUUAUUGACGCUGACCAACCAACGCUUUUUUCUAUUAAAAGAAGAUAAUAGAACUUCUUACGUGCUUGAAAUUUAUCUACUCACCCAAGAAGCGCUAAGCAUUCUUUAAAGUGUUCGGAAUACUUUUACUGUCAAAAAUGUUAUGAAUUAUGAUCAUGAAAAGCAUUGUUUAUUUUAGCAUUUUUAAAGUAAUUACAUUCAUGGACCUUAAGUUAUGAAGACAUUUUAUUCAGAUUUCUUUUGACAAGGCAAUGCAAGAUUUUUCCCAUCUUAAGAGUAUGAGAAACAGGUAAAUUUUAAAUUGAGAGAAUAGCUAAAAUUUUUCAUGCCUAAGUAAUAACAUGUUUGAUCAUUAUAUUUAGUCAUAUAUGGAGUAAUUUUUUGUGUUAUUCUUUUGAUACAUUUUUCCGUAGGCAUGACGAAUCAGAAGGGGGGGGGGGGCUUUCAAAUGCCAUGCGAAUCAAACUUGCAUUUAGUAGGUACUUUUCAUAUUGCAUCUCAUUGUUUCAAAAGGAGCAAUGCCGUGCAGUAGAAUCUUCAGAGGGGUACCGCUACAUCGAAAAUUCUGAAUCUCUAAACAGUCGUCUCUUAUGAUUUUUUGUAAUUUUGUUUCUUACAAGAAACCUUUUUAUCCAUCCCCCUUAGUUAGCAUCAUACAAAAAUGGAAAUACAAUCUGAAAUUUUAUUCAGAUGUUAGUGCUAGGAAUACCUAAUUAUGCAUCUCAUUUUUCUUUUGAAUUCCUGUGAUGUUGGGUUUCAUAUACCUAAUUUUUAUUAUCUUGAUGGUCUCUUUUUAAUAUAUCUGUCUUUAAGCUUUGCACCCAUUUCCUUUUAAAAUCUAUUUCAAAAGAAGAUCAUAAAAUGACUUCUCCAGAAUUUUUUUAAUGCUGCAAUUAAAAGAAAAAGUCUUUUUAUUGGUGGGAACUGAAUAUUUUGGGAACUUGUGACAUUAUUAUAAAGUCACAGAUUGAUGGUUGCACCCGAAACGGACCUUUAACUUUGCAUGAUAUUUUUUCUGAUCUUCUGUGUACGGUCUCUUGUUUUAACACAUUCAGUGUCCCUGAUGCUAUGUAACAACAUCUCUCUGUAAUUUAUACUUCCUCAUUAUUUGUCGGGUUUUCGUAAUUUACAAAGUGCAUUGAAACUGCAAAUAUAGUUUCAAUUCUUAAAGGGUGCGUAAGCUUUAUUAAACUUGCAGUUACAAGUCCACAGGACAAAACUGCUAUCAACGGUGAUGUUUUUUUAUACUCAUCUAUGAAUGUUUUACAAACAUAGUUUUCAUUAUUUGUUGAAUUUUAGAUUUUUAAUCAAAUGGUUUUUUGUAAAUAUGUAUCUGAGUAAAAUUAAGAAAGUAAAUAUCUCUGGUUUUUUGGUAAUGUAA